AUGCUUGCCAACCACUGGCUAAAUAGAGAAACCUGGAUCGUGUACGAUCCCAUAUCAAGAGUCACCAACGAUGCACGACGGGAAUGGGGAGAUCCUCGCUUCAAUUUCCCCUACCCGGAACCAAUCCUGAGUCCCCGAGCCAAGUACCCCAGGUGCAUUAAGAAGCGAGCACAUACCCCUCGGAUAGACUCCUGGCGUGCGAGAGUCAACAACCAGCGGAAAGUGUCUGGCAUUCGAGAUGUCAUUCGCACUGUGGAAUUGCUUGAAGGAUCCGCGGAGGAACCGCCAGAUGGUCAUGUUGACCCAGCUUGUUGGGCCUUGCCGAAGCCCCCGCAAGGCUUUGAAAUGUCCACUGCGCAGAAAAAUGCCUGGUACGAAGGAGGCGCAGGAUGGCAGGAGAAGCUUGAAGAUUGGCAACAAGUUCGUUGGGGAUACCGUCUCCGCAAGGGCAUCUAUGAAGGACGUGUCAAUCGGGGAAAACUGAAAGAAGUGGCGGCGCAAGUCAACAACUACUACCGCAGUGCAUCGGGCAGAUUGAUGCCCGGCUGUCAUUCUAGCAAAUGA